CCAUCGCCACGCCGACGAGAGCAACGCAUCGCGGCCUCGGAUGGUGGAAUCGACCAGAUUUGUCAGCCCGGCACGAGCCAAAAACCGAAUUCCGUCGGCCUCCGGGAAGAACUUUGUCCUGGGACGUCUUUAAAAAUGGCACAUGCUCUCGCUCUCUUGUUGUUGCGGUGUUAUCACAUCAACUCAUCCAAGCUCGCGGUUUCAUAGGUCCUAUUGGAGGCCACUUCGCACUCUAGAACCUCGAACACACACAGAGAUCGAUUUACCUUGAUUGGCCUCAACGCUCGCUGAGCGCCGUCUCGAACCCAUCAGCAAACAGCAACAACAACAACAGCAACAACAAACAUGGCCUCUCCCAGUGUCAUCGUCUUCGGUCCGACCGGCGGCGUCGGCUCCGUGGUGGCGCGGACGGCGCAGGCCGCCGGCGCCCGCGUGACCCUGGCCAUGCGGGACCCGAGCAAGCCGGCGGCGGCGGACCUGCCGGCGACGCUGCCGCGGGUGCGCGCGGACCUGUCGGACCCGGCGAGCGUGCGGGAGGCGGCGGCGCAGGCGGGCGCGCGAGCCGCCUUCCUGUACCUGGUCAUCGGCCUGCCGGACCGGAUGCGGGCCACCGUCGAGGCGCUCCGGGACGCCGGGGUCGAGUACGUCGUCUUCCUCAGCAGCGCGUCGCUCCGCCCGGGCGUCGACGUGCGUGCCGUCACGCCCGACCAGUUCCUCCCCUGGCAGCACGCCGGCGUCGAGGCGGCCCUCGACGACGUGUUCGGCGCCGCCGGCUACGUCGCCGUCCGGCCGGGCUUCUUCGCCAGCAACCUGCUCCAGUACAAGGCCGCCCUGGCCGCCGCCGUCUCGGGCGACGGCGACGGCGUGGUGCGGGUGCCGGCCGCGGAGGCGCGGCUGGACUUUAUCCUCCCCGAGGACAUCGGUCGCGUCGCCGGCCGCCUGCUCGUCACGCGGGACGCCCGCGGUCCCGUGACCCUGUUCGGGCCCGAGUCCCACACGUUGCGGGAGGCUCUGGAGCUCGUGGGACAGGCGCUGGGCAAGCCGGUGGUGGUGGAGGAGUUCGCCUCGGCCGACGAGGCCGCCGGCUACCUGAUCCAGACCGUGGGCUAUCCGGACCCCGUGGCGCGCUACCUGGUGGAAAUUCUGAAAAGGCGCGCCCAGGAUCCCUCUCCGGAGGAGAUCAAGGAGCACGGGGAGGCCGCGGGCAAUAUCCUCAAGUAUGGCGGGAAGGAGCCCGGCAGGCUUGUCGAGUGGGUGGAGGCCAACCGUGCCAAGUUCCUCGAGUGACGGACCCGGGGGAUGAGUCCGCGUCAGCGUCAGGGGCAGCAGGUUUCGUGCGGUUUGAUUUUGCUAAGGUGUAUGAGAUGUAAUUAAUACAUACAGUCUACGAUGAAUCACAGAGUUGUAUCGAUCAAUCCGUACCUCUCAUUUACCUCAGAGGUGAUUUCGCUGUCGCUGUAGUAUUAUUCGGAAAAGAGAACCUCC